UGGUUGGAAAUCGAUUGCCGGAUGCUGAUUGGCUGGUCGGUAGCAGUGAGGGUGAUUGUGUGAUCACGGUGUAAAGGCCCUGGCUCGGACCGGCAGCUCGUGAGGGGGGGGGUUUCCCCAUCCCCUGUGCCGCCGCUAUGCUGGGCACCUUCACGACGCUGCUGGGGGCGCUGCUGGUGCUGAGCCGCAGCCCGGUGCUCUCCUGCCUGCUCACGUGCGGCCUCUACCUGGCGCUGCGGCUCUUCAGCCUGGAGCCCGUCUCCCUGCCGCGGGCCCAGCACAUUCUGCAGCCCCGCGGCACCGCCGCCCGCAUCGCCCACCGCGGCGGCGGGCACGACGCGCCCGAGAACACGCUGGCGGCCAUCAGACAGGCAGCUGAGAAUGGAGCCACAGGCGUGGAGCUAGACCUUGAAUUCACUGCAGAUGGCAUUCCCAUUCUAAUGCAUGAUGAUACAGUAGAAAGAACAACUGAUGGGUCUGGGAGUUUACGUGACUUUACAUUUGAAGAAAUUAGGAAGCUUAAUCCAUCUGCAAAACAUAGACUAUGGAGAGAUUUCCGUGGUGAAAAAGUACCAACUUUGAAAGAAGCCGUUAUGGAAUGUAUGCAUUAUAACCUCAUUAUCUACUUCGAUGUCAAAGGCCAUGCAAAUCAGGCAGUUGAUGCCCUAAAACUCCUCUAUCUGGAAUAUCCUCGUUUGUACAACAGUAGCAUUGUCUGCUCUUUCAUACCAGAGGUCGUCUAUAAGAUGAGGCAAUCUGAUAGGAAUGUUGUUACAGCGUUAACACACAGGCCCUGGAGCCUUAGUCAUUUUGGAGAUGGGAAGCCUCGUUUUGAUUGCUUUUGGAAGCAUUAUGGAUAUAUGAUGAUGGACAUCAUUCUGGACUGGAGCUUGCACAACUUCUUGUGGUACCUGUGUGGGGUUUCAGCUUUCCUCAUGCAGAAAAAUUACAUUUCACAAGAGUAUGUGAGGCAGUGGUCUUCACGAGGCGUUCAAGUGGUUGGCUGGACAGUGAACACAUUUACAGAAAAAAUGUACUAUGAGACCAUCCUUGAGACCAGCUACAUCACAGACAGCUUGGUAGAGGACUGUGAUCCUCACUAUUAGACUUAUGCUGUAUGGGACUCUUAAAUAUGCCAUCCUGGUUCAGGCAGAUCAGAGUUCAGCACCAGAGGGCUCCAAAAAUGCAGAUGAAGCUGCUUAAGUAGGUUGGGUUUUUUGCUUGUACUGUAUGAUUGGAUCUUUAAUCACAGCAAACCCUUCUGUCACACUACUAGACAGAGGCUGAGUCACAAUCAGCAUUAGUGCUGGGGAGAAAUGUUGCGUGCCUCUCCUAUCAGUUUUGAUCAAAUGAUUUGGUAACCAGUAGUACAGGCAGGUGGCUUAUAAGUCAUCUGAUCAAACUGUUUCUUUACUUGAUUUAACCCUUGAUUUUAAGUCGUCAGCAGCUUUUGAAGGCCUAAUUUUAAACUGUAAAUUAAACAAUCUGCUCCUCAAAUAAGUAAUAGUGGGGGGUACCUCUACCGCAAUCUUAAGAGCAGAUGGUAGGUGUAUUCCCAUACCAUAACUUUGAAUACAAUAUGGACAGUUAAUGUAGAAGUGAAGUAUAUUCACUCUCUAACAGGCUGGAAAGGAUGGAUAUUCUGUACUCUUACAGUAUGGAGAGACUAUAGGUGUCUCUGUUCUGGGCAAAUACUGCACUAAAACCUUGUGGGUAAACUUGAGUAUCUCCUUUUACUUCAGUCUUAAACUUGACCUUAAAAAGGGGUGGGGGAGGUUAGAAAGGUUCUUCCUCCUGAUGAUGCUAUAGCUGAAUCAUUAUUCCUAAACAGAGGCUGUGGAGCUGCUGUUAGCCAUAGGCUAAGCAGUAGCCAAAACACUUCUUUUGUUUUGUUGUUGCUGCUAAAUUGUUUACACAGAUAAAGGGAUAGAAGGGCUUUGUGACAGGGUUCCCACACCACUCAUGGCACAGCCUCCUGGCCACCAGGGGGAGUAGCUCUGCCAGGUGCUGUACCUUCCUCCGCACUCGCUCUAUCCAUCUUCUCUCAGCCUGCAGCAUCUUCUGGUUUGUGGCUUGGCCCUCCGGCCAGGUCACUCAGUUCCUUCCUUUCCAGGGAAAUCACAAUCCUUCUAGACCAGCUGUCUGAUGUCUCCAAUGCUCUGUGUCACUACCCAGUGGCUGGUAGGGGAACCCAGGCCCACCCUCUACACUGGGUUCCAGCCCAGGGACCCUAUAACGUGCAGCCAAGGCCUGUACUGUGCUAGCCCUUGUUGCUGUUUUCCUAGGCUUCUUCCUACAACCUUCCUCCUCACAGGAAUACUGCAGACUACCUACCUGUAGCCCCUUCUACUCUCAGCUCCUGGACUUUAUAGAGGCCCCUCCUGUUCCUGCCCAGCUGGGCCUGGUUUAAUGAACCCCUGCUCCCUAGCUCCUCCUGCAGAUGCAGCCUGGGGAGUUAAUUGGCCUGCCUGGUCAUCUUAACCCCUUCCAGUCCUGUGGGGGGUGGACAUCCCAUCACAUACUCUGUUCCUCCAGCCUACAACCCAUAGGGCUGUGCUGGCCUCCUGCCCGGCAUUUCCCUGAGCUGUGUCAUCCCUCUCUUGUUCAGUCUCCUCCACCAGAAGACACAAAUUAUGCUGGUCGUCUGGGGCAUUCCUAAACUUUUCCUUUUGGAACUCCAGAUCUUCUUCAGCUAUUCACAGGGCUUGCUCUGCUACUGCUAGCUUCCCAUAUAGCUCCUUCACUUGCCCCCACGGGCUCCCUCAGGCUUUGAGUUCCCACCAUAAUCUGCUCUGCUUCAGUGUUUGUUCCUAUGUGUGUGGGCCCUCUCCACCCCAGUCAUCUGUUAUCCUCCUUACUACCUCCUCUUGGGUGUGUGGGAUGACCACCUGCCGGGUCCAUAGUGAUUGCCGCUGUCUCUAUCCUGACAGUCUCUGGCAUGCUUUGGUCACUGGACACCCCCUCUUUAUUAUCUAUUUCACUGGAGUCCCUGAAAUACCCCUUUGCUAUCCCGCCCUUUCUUAAGAGGGCAGUGCCCCCUUAUAUGGCCAACCUCACAACACCCAAAGCAAACUCUUUGCCUUGUGUUAGCAGUAGUCUUCCAAUUGGCCUUCUUUUGUCCAGCCCCUUCUCCUGGGCUAAUCUUCACCUCAUAGCUCAUAUGUGGGCAUCCCUUCUUACUCCUGGGGGGAUUCUGUGCUAAAAUAUUCAAAUUCUGCAGCAAAAAAUUCUGCAUACUUUGUCAAAAUAAUGCAAUAAAAUCACACCAGUUUCAAUUGUUUUGAUGAUUUUAUUUCAACUACAAUACAGAAAAAUCACAAUACUAUUCAGCAUUUCCUAAACACAUGAAAGUUAAGUUACAAACACUUGGUAACUAAUACCCUGCAUUCCAGUUAUAAUCCUAGAUUUUCAUUUAAAUUACAUUACAGAACACCAAACAGGAAAAAAAGAAGGAAAGAAAAGAAAAGUAGAAUGUCAUUUUAAAUUGCUCAGACUUUCACACAUGAAAAUCAUACAGUUUUGCUAAUCAUCGUCCUGGACCUAGCUGGGUACUUUGGGAAGGGGCUUGGUUCUGAUUGUCCUGACAUUUUAUUGACUGUUUGGUAAAUGUUUUAUUUGCCCUCAGUCUUUUUUUUUUUUUCUUCUUUCUUUUCUUUUUUUUUUUAAAUGGGUAAGUAACAUAAAUCCUGAGCUGUAACCUAACUCUAUUGUGCCACUUUGGCACAGGAAAAAAGCGAGCACAUAGAUCUUCCUAGCUGCGGAUUCCCUUACUGUCAGUUAUAAUAAGGCUCCUUUACAUCACUCUGGCAAUGUAGGGGCCUUAAAACUUUCACAGGUUUUAUGCUCCUGGGGGAAUUGACUGAGAAUGGGAACAGUUAACUAAUAAUAGCGACAUUAACAUUGUCAGGCUGCUACAUUUCUGCCUCAGAGAAUGAGAUCAAUUAACCAUCAACAGCAACUUUAACAGUGUUACUAACUACACAGUCAGGCUGCUAGUGCCUCAGAGAAUGAAUCAAUUCACUGAGGCAGGGCUGCUACGUUUGUGCCCCUAGCCUACCUCCUGCAGAAUAAAAAGCCCUACCCUUCCAUGCCAGUGAGCUGCAGUAGCAAGGGAGAGGGACAGUCUCUCUCAGUGGCACGCACGUAUGCCCAGCCUCCCUCCCUCCCACCCGCCAUGGUGAUCAUGCAUGCCUAGCCUCCUCUUCCCCCCUCCCCCCAAGGCUGCUCCAGGCACGCUGGAACAGAUACGCUACUGGGGAAGAGGCAUGUGUUCCCCAGCAGAUUUUUUUUUUUUUUUUUUUUUUCAUUUUUCUGCACAGGGGGCACAGAAAAAUGCAGGCCAUAUGAAUUGUGUGCCCCCACAGGGGCGCAGAAUCCCCCCAGAAGUACCUUCUGUCGCCAAGCAAAACAUGUCCCUCCUUUUCCUGUCCCCACAGGUAGGACUCUUUGGGGCUUUGUUUUCCUGCCUUCUGGGUGAGGCUUCUUGUCCCCGUAGAGGUAGGGGCAUUUCCUUUUUAGGCAUAUGUAGGCAUAAGACUGCUUUGGCUAGCCUCUGGCCUCCUUGCCCUGGCACCUCCCUUCCAAUCUCGUUCCCUGCAGCCUCUACUAAUUUCUUAAAUAAAUACAGGUGCUGUUCAGCCAGCCAUGUCAAAUAGUCUUGCAGAUACCCAUGUGCCUCCCACUGCCUCUGUUGGUUCUCCUCCAGCACUUGCCUCAGCUGGAUCUGUUCCUGCUUUUUGUCAGUCCUCUUCUGCAGGGAUACCGACUCUAGAGUCCAGCCUGGGAGGUUACAAGUGCUCUCUGCAAAAAAGGCUUCUGCGUACUGUGGCUCCAUUGUCCCCUCUUUCUGUUAUGGCUCUCUGCGCACGCUUGUAUGGGUGUGAACACCUUAUGCAUUCCUUUACAGUCUGCUCAGGUCUCUCAACCUCCCCUGGUAUCUGGGUCAAUUGCUGCACAGUCUUUCACAGAGGGCCUUGUAUUGGGGUGACUCUUUGCCUGGCCAGUUGUGAUUGGGUUCCUUCACCGCUCGUGGUCAUCCUGGGGAUUAGUUCUGUCAGGUGCUGUGCCCUCCUCAGUGCUCUUUCUACCUGUCGUCUUUCAGUCUGUAGCCUCUCUCGCUCUCAGAGUGGCAGUUUCUGGUUUGAGGCUUGGCUCUUCAGCCAGCUCUCUGAGUUCCUCCCAUUCUGGGGAAAUCGCAGUCCUUCUGGACCAGCUGUCCAGCUGACAUCUCCAAUGCCCUGUGGCUGGUAGGGGAACCCAGGCCCGCCCUCUACACUGGGUUCCAGCCUAGGGACUCUAUAACAUGCAGCCAGGGUGUGUAUUGUCCUAGCCCUUGCUGCUGUUUCCCUGGGCUUCUUCCUACUUAUCUGGGUUCGCACUUCUGUAAAAAUCAAGGUGGUUUAGACUUGCAAUAAACAAGUCAGACAGUUCAGGGCUAGUUUAUAGUAUGGCAGGUAUGCAUCAUGUAUUAUGAGUAGCAUCCAUGAGAGUAGGUUUGAUACUUUUCCUAAUGUUGUUCUUGUUAUGAGUACCACUAAAUGAUCAAACUGGAGUAGCUGCACCCUGGGUGGAACCUGUAGCUCGAGGAGAGAAUUCAUGAAUGGCACAUCCCUGCAAGGACACAUGUGUGGGGAGGGGAUAGAACUACUGUAAAAUAAGGGUGCCCAAGUAUCAAUUUUAUACCUUACCUCCAGGACAAAAUGUCACUUCCAUGUCAUUUAAAAGCAGAGAGACUUAUAACCAUACUUAAAACCAGUUGUUUACCUGCUGUUGUUGGCGACCACUGAGAUGUAGCCGAAUGGGCUAACUUUUAACCAAUAGAUGUGUAACUAUGUACUUUCAGAUUAAAAAGGGUAAUCGCAUACUUGAGCAUGCAGGCUAGCCUCUUGCAUUAGAACUCCACCUUCCCCUGUCCCAUGCCCCCUGUCAGCACAGAUACGGCAUUGCACAAGUGGCUAGUCACUUUCUUGAGACUCAGGUGGUGGGAAUUGAGUAGCAUUCCCUGUCAAAGCUAGGAUAACAGACUGAGAGGAUCAACUUUCCAAUUCACUCUAUUUUGUAUUUAAAUGAUGCCUGAUACUCAUAUGCUACAUGUCACUGUUGGGUGAAAUCACUUUCUUCAUAGGCUAUAGCAUAUCUCAUAUGACCAAUCAGGGAUUAAAAUCUACCUCAAUAGAUUAGGUAAAGUCAGUGUUUUGUGCCCAAUAACUAAUUGUGUAUACAGUUCUAUAGCACCACUUGACUCAGAUGAAAGCUGCAUGUAAUGUAGGAACUAAAAGUUGAUUAAAGAAAGGGUAGGCACUCAUGUGCGUAUUACAGCAGCAGUGACUAAUUGUGUACUGCAUCUGUGGUAGGACAAUAGAUGUAAAACAAGUCCCUGCUGAGGAACUUCUAUGAACUGACAAAGGUUGCUUAUUUUCAAGAGUUACUCUUUCUCAGCCUUACCAGCCUGUCUUCAACCUAGUCCUUGGUUCAAGCCAGCCAUUGCACAGUGAAUCAAAGGCUGAACUUGUAAGACAUCUCCCGGAGAGUGGCAUGGUUGGUAACAGUAGAAACACGUAUGUGCUGAAUCCACUUUUAAUAAAAUAUUCUCUUCAAGUGACA